AUGCCGCAACCCGCCGCUGUCAACACUCUCCGCUCAGCUGGGAGCGGUUCCAUACACUCCGGCGCGGCGCGUGCCAUUCCGAUAACUCGGGAGGCCGCAUUCAGCCGUCGCGCUCUCCACGUGCCAGCGUCAGUCCGGCUCGCGCCGCCCUCCGCAGCGUCGACCACGGCCUACGGCGCCAGGGGACUGACGGGCGUGCCGAACGAGUUCAGAAGCCAGGGCACAAGCGGAGCGUUCCUGGGUUGUUCCGCCAGCAGCACGGUGGCUGACAGCGCGGGCAGGAAGAAAGGAUUUCAGAUCUGCAGCGUGCCCAUCCUGAUUGGCUCCAUUCUCUGUGCCAUGGCGUCAUCACUCUCUCUGGUCGUCACCGGCCGAUUCCUCUUGGGCUUUGGUCUGGGCAUGGCCAUACCCAUUAUGGCUCUCUACAUUCCCGAGAUCUCUCCACCACAGCAGAGGGGCACGUUCGGCGCCAUCCCUCAAGUCCUCACAUGCACGGGCAUUCUGGCCGCCCUGCUAGCUGCCGCUCUCCUGCCCGCCUCAUCGUGGCGCAUGUGCUUCUGGAUUGCUGCAGUGCCAGCAGCGCUGUUCUGCAUGGCGUGUGAAUUCCUGGUGGACAGCCCAAGGUGGCUGGCGCGGCACGGGAGGAUCCAGGAAUGGAAGGUGAAGGGGUGCCCAAGGUGGCUGGCGCAGGUGAGGGAAGGGGACGAAUGCAGAGUGAAAGGGGGGCUGCUGCCACUGGCAGCAGGCAAUGGUGCCAGCAUCACUGCCAGUCUCCCUCUCAUCUCAAGCUCUCUUCUCCCCAACCCUCCCAACCAGCACGGCAAGUGGUCCGAGGCAGUAGCAGCGGUCGAACAGCUACUCGGAGAGGCGAAGUUACUGGGAGAGGCGAAGGUGAAACCCACCAUGGACGAUCUGCAUCACUCGUUUGGCAAAGGCAGUCAGCCCCCCUCAUCUCUUCCUUUUUCCUCCCCCACUUUUGAGGCGCCUCAAAAACAACUUUUGAGGCGCCUCAAAAGCAGAGGCAGUCAGCCCCUCUCAUCUCUUCCUUUUUCCUCCCCCACUCUCCCCCACCCCCCUGCCCUGCCACUCCCCUGCCACUCCCCUGCCACUCCCCUGCCACUCCCCUGCCACUCCCCUGCCACUCCCCCCAGCAUGGCAAGUGGGCAGAGGCAUCAGCAGCGGUGGCACAUCUUUUGGGAGAGGCCACAGUCAAGCCCACCAUGGACGAUCUGCAUCACUCCUUUGGCUGGUGAAACCCUCUCAUCUACCUCUCUCUUAUCCCCGCUCUCCCCUACCCCCCUGCCCCUACCUACCCCCAGCAUGGCAAGUGGGCAGAGGCAUCAGCAGCGGUGGCACAUCUUUUGGGCGAAGCGAAGGUGGAUUCUACCAUGGAUGAUCUGCACCACUCCUUUGGCGGAGGAGGCAGGCAUUAGGCACGGCAAGUGGACGGAGGCAGAAGCAGCGGUGGCACAGCUUCUGGGCGAAGCGAAGGUGGAUUCUACCAUGGAUGAUCUGCACCACUCCUUUGGCGGAAGCAGCAAGGGGUGUGGUGCUGGGUGGGAGGCUGGGGCUAAGGGGGAAAAGAAGGAGGGGAAGGGGGAGCAGCAGGGGAGGGUGUAUGCAGUGUUGGGGGAAGGGGAGAAGGGGAAGGGGGUGGCUGUGGCGGGGAAAGGGGAGGAGGAAGGUUUGGUGAAGGGCGGGGGAGUGGUCGAGAAGUGGUCACCAUUGGGGCGACCCUCUUCGCCCUACAGCAACUCAGCGGAAUCAACGCUGUAUUCUUCUUCUCUUCGCACCUCUUCCUCCUUGUCAACCCACCCGUUCCCUCCUCUUUCCCAAAACCCCCUUUCUUCCCCCCCAGUGGUCACCAUAGGAGUGACCCUCUUCGCUCUCCCCCAACUCAGCGGCAUCAACGCUCUAUUCUUCUUCUCCUCGCACCUCUUCCUCCUUGUCAACCCACUCCCUCCCUCCCCUUUCCCGAAACCCCCUUUCUUCCCCCCCAGUUGUCACCAUCGGAGCAACACUAUUUUCUCUGCAGCAACUCAGCGGCAUCAACGCUGUAUUCUUCUUCUCCUCGCACCUCUUCCUCCUUGUCAACCCACUCCUUCCUUCCCCUUUCGCAAAACCCCCUUUCUUCCCCCCCCAGUGGUCACCAUAGGAGCGACCCUCUUUGCCCUGCAGCAACUCAGCGGCAUCAAUGCCGUAUUCUUCUUCUCCUCGCACCUCUUCAAGUCGGCCGGCAUCCAGUCCGGCGCCAUGUCCAGCGUUGCCAUGGGCACACUGAAUCUAGUCGCCUCUCUGGUGUGUUCUGCUCCCAUUGACCGUGUGGGCAGGAAGGCGCUCAUCACAGGGAGCUUCAUUGGAAUGGGACUGUGCAUGGCAGUGCAAGCAGCAGCACAGGUUGUACCAUGGAUGGCUCCUAUGGCUCCGCUCAUCACGCUCACUGCCACCCUCGUAUAUGUAGCCUGUUUCACCAUGGGAGCCGGGCCUGUGCCGGGCCUGAUGCUACCUGAGAUGCUGCCAAACCACAUCCGAGCCAAGGGCAUGGCCUUUGCCAUGUGUGUGCACUGGGUCUUCAAUUUCAUGGUCAGUUUCUCCUUCCUCCCUCUUAUGGCUCGCUUUGGCCAAACCACCCUCUUCUCAUUCUUCGCCUGCGUAUGCUUCGCUGGUGCACUCUUCACCGCCACAUCUCUUGUGGAAACAGCGGGUCGCUCUCUAGAGGAGAUAGAGGAGCAGCUGCUGCCACCAGCUUAG